UCAUCGCGUGGGACUACUUUCGAGAAACUUUGGCGUCGGCUUACGUGAUUUGAGGCCGCUUCGGGAGGUGGUUUUUUUAAAACGAUGACACCACGGAGUACACGCAACGUCACUACCUGAUCAUGGAUGAAGCUAGUCCCUUAGGUGUAUACCUAGUGAAAUCGGGCAGUAAAGGUGACCGGCUUCUCUUCCGUUAUCCGUACGCCGUCGACACGGAAAGCGACUCCCAUGCCAACAGGAAACGGACCAACCCGUACUCGCUCACUGUGAACGAAGACACGCUGAAUAUAACGAGAGCCCGGAGUUGUUCGGAGAUUUCCGACAAAAACUUAGUUUUAAUCUCGGACAAAGCCCUCUCGAACCUCUUCGCCACCAAGAGUGAACUCUGCAACAGAAAGUUCGAACUGAAGGUGAAUGAUGUACGGUUUGUGGGCCACCCCGUCCAGCUGUGUUCGAAACGAGAGACGUCAACGUUUCUCAUGUUCAACGUCGUCUUCGCCCUCAAGGCCUAUGCCAGUCACGAUAUUGUCAACUUUUACCAUGACUUCACACACAAGAUUGCGAUAGCCCUGUCCUCUGAAGAGAACCGCUGCAACUAUCUUAGUUAUGAGCUCAAGAGCAUGCUGCGAGCCCAUGACGACACUGUGGCCAUGCCCGAAGGCGCAUCCUUGGCCAAACGCUUGUUCAGGCACCUGCCCGUCUGUCCUAUAUAUCACGUCCCACGUGACAAAGACAGCGGGGAAUCGCCGUACUACCUGAUCCUAAAACGCAGUCAGCUGGCCCGAGACUUGCAGCGUGCAUACAAUGAGUUGCACAGCAGUGGUUCAGUACAGCUGCACAUCAACCGUUGGAUCAAUGUGUCCUUCUGCCUCCCACACAAGGUCCACCGACUGCACCUGGCUAGAAGCUGUGUCAAGGCCGAAGCUAUUCAGAAGUGCCUGACACAACUCAGGCCAUACCAUUCCCUCCUGCUUUUGGUGGACCCGAGGGAGCUGGUGGAAUCUCUACCUACGGAUGCAUCAUCCGCACUUGUCAGACUCAUCCACACGGCCAGCCCAAUGCGCAGCCUGGUGCAACUGGCUGCAGAUACGGAUCUUACUCUGCGACAGGUAUUUCAACUGUCGGCACAUCUAGUCUACUGGGCCAAGGCCACCAUCAUCUACCCUCUGUGUGAGAGCAACUGCUACGUCCUUGCUCCCAAUGCACCGACCAAUCUUGGUAUGCAGAGUUUGGAUUUCAUCGCCGAAACACAAAGAAAGUCUCCAGUGCACGAGAGGUUUGCAGAGAUGUUUCCUGGAGUCUCCCUGCCGGCAUUUAUGUCCAAGUUCUCGCUGCCGACUUCAUUGUCCCAGCUGAACGACCCUAUGGACCUGAAGAAUGAGCGGAAGCAGCUGUUGCAGAUCCUGGUGUGGAUGCUUCAGGAGAGGAUUCUGAUGCAGCUGCACACCUACGUCUACCUCGUGCCAACCGAGCAGCCAACAAACGGGUACCUCGGGUCGCGGCCUUACCUGUCUGAACCUCACCUGGGUCACCGACCGGCCACCAGCCAAUCGGACUUCAGUGGCUCAGUGCCCAGCGAAGAUUCCAUGAUUGGCAGCCCGAGUCAGUCCAGCCAGUCUUCCAAGUGCGGUUCCGACGAAGACCUCUCACCGGCUGAGUCUGAUGGUCGCUUUGCGCUGUCCUGGGAUGAGAAGGAGGCCGUGGCUAGGGUGCCUGCUUACCGGAACCUCGAAGACCGCAAGCUUUUUCUCAGGUUAUGCCCACGCUUCAAGGGCAAGGACCACCUCGAGGAGAUCAUGUACUACGAGAAUGUGCGCCGGUCUCACCUUCUCGCUCUUUUGGACAAGUUCCGGGAGGUGCUCUUCACUGUGCAGCACGAAGACCCCACAAUAGCGGUGUUCUACAGCUGACAUAGUGGAUAUUAGGUUUUUUUCUCUUCAAAGAGUGGGCCCACAUAUUGCCUGUGGACAUUGCUGGUAAAAGCUCUGGCUAGUCUGUUUCAAGUGCAGUGUUCUGUUGCAGUUGAUAUGAGGAAUUACUUUUGCCUGUUAAAUGACGGAAUGACAGCAUGCUCACCUUGGAUUACCCAUUCAUAUUUUUGUUCUGGAAGUUGUGCCAUAUGUACUUCUUGAACCACUUAUCAUUAUUUUUAAAAAGGCAAGAGCACAGCCAGAUGUUAUGAUUGAGAAUUUUAAAGAAGAGUGGGCUUGCAUUAUGUAACAACAGUUGUAUUGUGUGGAGUUAUAAGAUCUGCAGUCUUUCCUGUUCUGUAAUAUGUAGAAAGUUAAGGGACUGUUGUUUCUGUAUAUGAGUGCAGGCUGGAAAUAUGAAUGCGAGGCUGCGGAAAUGUGCAAGUUUUUCUUGGAUACCACGCUUCGCAAACUUUUUAUGCCAACUGUGCACCUUGUAUAUUUCAAAAGUGUGAAGCCACUUGUUUAUUUUGUGAGAAUGAAUGCAGGGAAAGCAGCCAAGGCGCAAGAUCUUGAAUGUUCCGUGAUCUGGUCUCUUAUUGUUGGCAUUCGUGCAUGAAGAAGAUUGCGCACUGUAGUUAGAACUUGUCAAAGGAUAGGCGAGUGCUUUAACUGCAACGUUUUUGCAGAGUGUGGUGCAGCUAGUGAGUGGUGUUUAUCUCUUUCGGCUGCCACUUUUAGGGAAAGAAAAAAAAAGAAAUAUUUAGGGAAAUGCACGCAACUUCGAUCGUCUACACGUCAUAGCGAGCAGCUACUGUUAUUGCUUACUUCACUGUGGUGUGGUGUGGUGAGGGGUUAGAACUGUGCUGCACUUACUUACCUUCAGUAAUGAAGGUACGUGUAAAUUAAAGAAGGGGCUGGAGUGUCGCAAAGACAACCUAUCCACUGUAAAAACAGUGCAGCUUUGUAUACACUGUGCUUUGUAAGCCUUGAGCAGACUGUGUUAUGCAUAGCGUUUGAAGAAUGCAUUGCAACAAAAGUACAACACAUGAAACACUUCACAAUUUCACGUUCCUACAUGCCGGGCAUUCUGUUUUGCUGAUGUCCAGUUCCCAUGAACUGUAACGAGCUUGCCAUGGUUUGUCAAAGGCAGGCUAGUGUUAAUGUGGGCAGCUGGUCUAGAAACCUUUUUAAAAAAUCAGCUUGCUGUUUUCUGCAGAAUUGUUCUUCUCUAGAUUUUGCUUUGUCACAGGGUAAGCCUCGUGCAAAAACAUUUUAAUUUAAUGCCAGGCACUUUUCUCUUAAAAAGCAUGCUAUCAGUAUGGUGUCUGGAAAGUGCAUGAUCCAGAACUUAUGUAUGUUUCGGUUCUUUUGAAAGCGUCUUAUGGCUAUGUUUUUGUGCACGUGUUCAUUAAUCACACUGUUUUAGUGUGUGUGAAGCAAUGAGAAACUGUGGGUUUCCGGCCACCAGUGGCUGGACUCAGUGCAUUGGUGUGAACUUCCUCCAUGUUGUUUCUGUGCAGUGAAAAAUUGUGCAGAAAAAUAAAAGAAGUCGUAAAGACUGUUCUUUAUGAA